GCCCGGCAAUAUUCAAUAACAACUUUUUAUCUUUUAUAAACAAAAAAACUGAAAAACAAUUUCUUAAUUUUUUGUGUCAUUAAUUAACUGAUUCAAAUUCUGUUUGCAUAAAACUGUCACAAUGGAUGAAUUUGUCAAGAACAUGCCGAAAAUUGAAUUGCAUGCUCAUCUCAAUGGAAGCUUAAGUAAUUCGACACUUUGCAAGUUGAUCGAGUUGAAGAAAAAGAAUCAGGGUAGUGCAGAAGAAAAUAUGGCAUUUUACCACACUUUUGAUGCGGAUGAAUCGUUGGAGAAAUGCUUUGAGAAAUUUAAGCUUGCCCAUGAUUUAGUCAACAGUAAAGAGGCCGUCAAAUUAGCUUUAUGUUGCGUGAUUGACGAAUUUUCAAAAGAAAAUGUUAUAUACCUGGAGAUUCGUAGUGCUCCAAGAUCGACAGCAUUUAUGUCAAAAGAAGAAUAUCUUCAGGCAGUCAUUGAUCAAAUCAUAUUAUGUCAAGAAUCUCAUCCAACUAUCAUGGUCAAGUACAUACCAUCGAUUAAUAUCUCAUAUGGAACUAAAGAAGCUGAAGAGAAUUAUAAGCUGUUCUAUGAAUUCCGUAAUAAAUAUCCAGAUCUGAUUUGUGGCAUGGACUUAAGUGGUGAUCCAAUAAAGGGCAAGUUUUCAGACGUAAAAAAAGUCUUUGAUCAAGCUCGAGCAGAUGGAUUUCGUUUUGCUAUUCAUUGUGCUGAGUCGUUGGAUGAAAACGAGAUUCUUGAAAAAUUAGAAUUCAUGGCAUCUGGCGAUAGAAUUGGACAUGGAACGUUUAUCGAAGAAUCGAAUACGGAAAUUUGGAACUUAUUUACGUCAAAGCAUCUCCCUAUUGAGUUAUGUCUAACAUCAAAUGUUUUAUGCCAGAGUGUCAAGAAAUACGAAGAUCAUCACAUUUCACGAUUCAUACGAAAAUAUCCAGUAAUGAUCUGUACUGACGACUAUGGCGUUUUUUCGACCAGCUUAACGCGUGAGCUUAAAAUAUGCGUCGAUGUAUUUGGCUUGACUAAAAGUGAAUUAAUUGAUUUAACGGUGACUGCUAAUAAGUAUAGCUUUGCAAGGCCAGAAGAACGUCAACUGAUUAGUGACAAGAUCGAGGCGUUUAAAGCUGAAGCAGUUCUUGACUAGAAUUUCCAGAAAAUUAUGCAUCAGCGAAAAAUACGAUGAGGAAAGAAGAUGUGAUUUGUAAUUUAUGCAGGAAUCAAUGUCAAUGCCAAUAAAAAAAAGAUAUUUUUGUAUAA